CCACAUUGCUUCUUCACACUACCAUAACUCAGCUUUCUCUUUCUCACAGAGAGAGACAGAGAGAGACACAGAUAGAGAUAGAGAUAGAGGCAUCAAAAUCAAUUCUUCUCUUUUUGGCCUAAGUUCCAGCUCACUCACAAUAACCCAAAGACCCUUCCUUUACUCCAUUCACGUCCCUCUCGUCCCUCUCUGUUUUGCUUUCUCAGUAAAAAAUAAUGAAAACCCAUUUAUAAAAACCAGGGCUUCCAAGCCACACCAAAAUGGCACACUAGCUUUUGAGAGGUAUAGAUCCAAGUUUUUGAGGGAAAUAAACACAACCCCAUUUGGUUGAAAUCCCCAAAUGGGUGGUCUGAGAGAGUCAUGGUGCUUCUGCAAAGGAGUGAGCAAGUCUGAGAAGAUGAAGGCGGCCAUUUUCUCCGGCAAAGCUCCGGCAUUGGCCUGGAUUUCUGGAGCCGGGAAUGGGAUCUCCGGUACCGGGUUCUUGAUCCACCGUAGCCUCCUGCUGACCACCCACGUCAACCUUCCGUCGGUGGCGGCUGCCGAGAGCUCCGAGAUCCGGCUGCAAAACGGCGUCGCUGCGAGUCUCGUUCCCCACAGGUUUUUCAUCACCAGCUCCGUUUUAGAUCUUACUAUAGUAGGUUUGGAUGCAGCAGAUGGAGAUUCAAAUUCUCAGGGCCUCCCUUACUACUUGAAGACCUGCUCCAAACCAAACCUGGAUCUGGGAAGUGGAGUUUACCUUCUAGGCUACACCGAGACUAAGGAAUUAACAGUUGGCGAAGGUAAGGUCGUUAUAGCCACUGACAAUCUCAUAAAAUUGUCAACUGAUGGAGUAACAUGGAGCCCUGGUUCAGCUGGAUUUGAUGUGCAAGGCAACCUUGCAUUUAUGAUAUGCGAUCCUAUGAAACUAGCAACCUCGCCAAACACCAAAUCCUCAUCUACUUCUUCAUCGUCGUCGUCAUCAUGGAAAAAGGAUCAUCCUAUGCAAUUUGGUAUCCCCAUUCCGAUCAUAUGUGAUUGGUUAAAUCAACAUUGGGAAGGUAGCCUUGAUGAUCUUAACAAGCCUAAGCUACCACUCAUUCGAUUAAUGUCUACUGGCCAAAAAAGUGACCACUCCUGUGCUUCCUUCACACUGCGGCGGGUUUUCAAAUCAACUGAAGCCGAUAACGAUGGGACACCUUCUUCAUCGAAUACUGUCUCAAAACCUAGAGACCAGCUUGGACCAGGCUGUUCUGCUGCAGCAAACACAUUUGAAGAAGAGACCCCAACGGAUGCUCAUGCUGCCCAUGUACAGGGAAUUCCUACUCCUGAAAUAUAUGAAUCACCGAAGUUAACAUCUAUUCCUCUUCGGAAAAGAGAAGGUUCCCAAGUUCAGCUUUUGGAUAUUAAUUUUCCUCCUAGGAUCACUAAACCAGCAUUUACACCGCAGCCUACCAAAAGAUUACCCCCGAAUUCUGAUGAGAAUUUUGUGAAGCAAUCUCUAUUGAAUAGCCCAAGAAGACAAGAAAAUCAAGUCAAGGAUAGAGGACCGGGCAGCCCUGGUGCUGAUGCUGAGAUUGCUUCAACAGGUUCGGUAGAUGGGGUCCAUAGUGAGGUUCAGUCUAGUUCAUACCCAGUCGAAGCUUCAGAUAUGCAUAAUGGGUAUAGUAGUGAGGGAGAGACUAUGUACUCUGCAGAAACAGCUGAGAGUAGAAAUUAUCCUAGUCCUCCUGGGGGAAAGUUUCAGCCAGUGGGAAGAAGCCAGAGUUGUGUGAAUUAUAAUAGAUGGGGAGCUGUUCAAAGGAACCCAGUGGCUCGAAGGGCAUUGCUAGAACAGCAAAGGAGCUUUAUCCAUGGAAGGAAGAUGUAUUCACAAGGAGCAACUUCUCAAAGAAGCAAUGACUACUACAGCCCAACUGUGUCCUCAAUCAUGAAGAAGCGAAACUCAGAGCAGCCUGUCACUACUAUUGUCAAACCCCGGCAAGCUGCUGUUCAUUCCUCUCCAAGAUGGAACUUCUAAGUGAGUCUUAACAGUGUGAUACUUGAAAGUGAUUAGCAACGGAAAUAUAGUGUUUUGCGGUGUUCAAGUCAACGCCCAUUUAGUUUCCACUAUGGUAUAGUGUAACAAAUUUGUUGUGACUGUGCAGAGACACAUAUAUCAGGUGAAUAAGAAAAUUCAGCAAGUUGUAAUUUUGCUCCUAGUGAGUGGUUACUGGUUAAAUAUCAUCUAUAAAAUUAUUUUUUGAGGGU